AGGAACUCGUAUUAUUUUUUUUAUUGUGUAGCCGAAAUGGAGUCUAUUUUCGAUGAUAGCCGAAAUCUGGAUAUGGAUGGAAUAAUGCAAGAACUGCUCGAAGGAGAAAUGAGUGGAGUUUCAGCAGUCAUGGCACGAAUUUUGGCUGGAAAACUGUUCAUGGAUGGACGUUUUCCGGAAGCUGUGGAUUUGUUGGCUGGAACCGUUGGCUGGUUUUUCGAAUUGAACAAUCAGUUGCAGAACGAAGAAGCUGCAUUUGGGAUGAAAGAUGCGUCGAUUAAAGAUAAUUGGCUUUUUGGAGAAAACUACAAACCACUACGUCAGUUGCCCCGCAAGUCUCUGGUGCCACUGAUGAAACAAAAGCUUCCACCAAGUUGGACAGUCGUGAUUGUUGGUGCAACCGCAGCUGAUGAGUCCGAAUGUGUUUUGAUGCAGCACGACCUGGAAGCGCGGAAUGAAGAUCAGAGAGGUGUCGGAACAGCACUUCUUGCUCGAAUUAAUAAAGAUGGACCUUCUCUGAUGGUGCCAGUCAGAAGGCCGAUGGAUACCUCAUGUGCGUUGCAUAGUCUGAUUCCCGUUGAUCCCUGGAAGGACAGUACAAAAUGUGAACAUUGCUGGAACGGGUACAAAAGUCUGGGAAAGAUAAAGAAGGACUUCCAAAUCCUUUUGGGCGACGAAACCAGUAAGAAGGAAAAAUCGUCGGAAACCCUGCAGAUGGCCGAAAAUCGCGCUAGUAAUUUGGUGCUGAAAAUGAAAUGGUAUUGGCUGCACGAUGUCGCCUGUGCGAUUCUCAGAGGUCUUCCUCUCAUCAAUGGGAGUCCGGAACAGUUCCUCAAGCUGAGAUCUGCUGUCCUCACUGAUCUUGAGAAAUUCAUUUCCGAAGAAUACCCCGAAGUUCAAUUCCGUGAUGAGGCCUUGCUGUGCAUUGCGCAUUUGCUUCUGGAGCUGCAGUGUGCCCGAAAACCCUCGAGGUCAGACGGACUCAUUUUAGCCAUCAGAGACGUGAUUUUGUCUUACAAUUACCGGGAUUUCAACGAUUCCGAAUGCUACGCCGUUGCGGAGAAAAUUCAACUGCAAAUCCGGACUGAUGAAAUGCCGGAGUCAGAGUUUUUGUUGAAGCAAACGUAUCAGCGUGGACCUGUUAUCUUCGUGCUUGAUAAGGACUACGAAGGUCUUCCAUGGGAGUCCCUGACGGAUUUGCUGUACCACCCAGUGACCCGUGCCCCGUCUAUUUCGUACAUUGUUCGGGAACUGGAGAAACGAAGUGUGGAUGGUGUGCCGAGGUUGGAUUUGAAUAAGCUGUACUACUUACUGAACCCGGGGAACGAUUUGCCCAAGACCAUGAACCGACUCAAAAGUAUUGUCGAGCACAACCCCAGGUGGAAGGGUUGCAUCGGCACGGAACCCAAGGCAGACUGCAUCGUUCGAGCGUUGGAAAGCAUGGAUAUUUACGCGUACUUCGGUCAUGGAAAUGGACAACAGUAUCUGAGACAGGAAGUUUUGGAAAAGGCGAAAUCUCGAGCUUUGAUAAUGUUGUUCGGCUGUGCCAGUUGUGCCAUUUCUCCCGAGGGACCGUUGCUGGAACCAUUCGGCAUUGCCUACUCCUACCUGUGCAUCGGAAGCAUUGGAGUCAUGGGUAUGUUGUAUCCGGUGACAGACAAGGACUGCGACGAGAUUGCGAAGCAUAUUUUUCGAACAUUCCUGGGAGUCAACUCCGAAACGGGGAAACCGUAUUAUGACAUGGAUUUCGCUGAUAUCGUUGCGAAUGUGCGACGGAUCGCUAUUUGUAAUAACGUGCGAACCCGGUUUUCUUUCCAGGUUUUUUGCCUUCAUGGGUACAGACAAACAAAGGAGACCUUCCGGGAAAAGACUGGAGCUUUCCGGAAGCUUUUCAAGAAAAAGAUCGAGUUCUUCUUUAUGAACGCACCACACUCCGUGAGCCAGGGAUUAGAAGCAGGAGACUCAACUGAGCAGCUCGGGUGGUACUUCAACAAAGAGGAUUUCUUCAAGUCAUCCGAGCCUAGCGAUCGAUGCCUGGGAUUUGAUGCGAGUCUUCAGGCCGUGACGUCGUUCGUCGCCGACAACGGGCCGUUCGACGGCAUUGUGGGCUUCAGCCAAGGGGCCGCGUUUCUCGGGAUUCUCUGUCGUCUGCAGGAGAAACGAGGCACGUUGAAUGAUCCGUAUUACUGUACUUUGGAAUUCAGCUUCGGCUUUGCUGUGUUCUUCAGUGGAUUCAAGUCUCUCUGCGGACCACAUGCGCAUUAUUAUACUGGGGACAAGAUACAGUUACCAACACUGCAUUGCUAUGGAACUGAGGAUAAAAUCGUCGCUUACGAGAAAAGCGUUGAGCUUGCGGAUCAAUUCCAGUCGCCUGUUCUUGUCAGCUUUCCUGGAGGCCAUUUUGUGCCAGGGAAUUCUUUGGUCAAGGCGAUGUUCGUUGAAUUUUUCUCAAAGCGUGCUUUGUCUGCUGAGGCCUGAAAACUGGAUGGACAUAGAAAAUAUACAAAUUAAUCGACGUCAGAAAGA